CCUCAUACAAUGAAGUCUAUCGAUUUGGACGAAUUUAUUUUUGGAUGAUAUUUUCAUAUUUUUUGGGGGAUUUUAUAAUCAUGAUUUUUCAAAACCCAAAUUUUACCAAAAUCCUCAGAAAAAUCUAUGAAAAAAAUACUCAUUGUUUAUUUAUUGAAAUAAUAACUCUUAAUCUAUAAUGAUUAGCAAAUAUAAUUGAAGAGGGAAAUAGUGAAUUAGUGAUGGUGGGCUAGAGAAAUGAGUCGCAGUUUGUUCCUUUUCCUUCCCAUCAAUCCUUGCCCUUCCUUUUCUUCUCUUCCCUCCCGUAUACUGUGAUAAUUGAAAAACCCCUCUUCCCCCAGAAUUCAGAAAGCUCCCAUUCCGCUUGAACUUUCUCACUCUCGUUGCCUUCACUCGCACUCCCGGCGAAUCUCCGCAAAGCUUCCUCCUUUCACAUUUUUUAUACCUUCUUCCUCCCUUCUUCUACCUCGGGCUUCCCUAUCCAUUGCUGCUUGGUCGGACAUGGUUGGGCGUCUCUGAUAUUAUCCGAGUGAGUUCCCGCCCUCUUUACUUCCUCACAAUCUCUAGCUUCUGCUCAUUGUCGGUAUCUUAUGAAUCUCUUUCCUGCUUCGCGCGAAUUUGAUUUUGAAUCUUGUGGUGAGAACUGUUUGAACUUUUGAAAGGUAGCGGCUUUUAGGGUUUUGGUGUUCUUUCUCGUUAUUUUCCUGCUGUGUUCGGAUAUGUGGGUGGUGGAAUGUGAGUGCUCAUUUGGAUAUUUUUGGUGUUGGUAAAUGAGCUUUAUCUUCUUGCUUUAGUUCGGAAUAGGGGGGAAACCCUUGUGAAGUUCAGUGGCCUUAGCGAGUUGAAUUGGAUAGUGAUUGCGGAAAGUCUCAGCUUUUAGCUUUAGAAACUUAGUUUCAUCUCUUUUCUCACUGGUUUAAGUUUGUUGAAUUCGCUAGCUGACAGGCUCGCUGGUUUUAGUGAGAUGAAUUGGUUAGCUUGUUAAAAUUUAGAAAAGAAGGAAGCUUUCAUGCGUUUCAGUAGUUUUACGGUGUUCAACUGGCUAGUAAUUGCUGAAAGGUUCAGAGUUUGAGCAAUUCUCCCGCUGUUUGCUCAGUGUAUUUGUGUUUAUUCUGAUUUCUGAAGGCCCACACAAUGUCGGGUUGGGCAGUGUAUGGGGGCUGAUUCUUUCUGCUAUCCACUAAUUGCUAUUUAUUAGCUGAGAAAUUCUGUGAUCCUUACUUUCCUUGUUAUCUUUGCUUGCUUCUUGAUUUGUGUAAUCACAUUGUGGAUUGAAUUUUAGUAUGAAGCUUCUAUGGGUUAUCACAUUAAAUCAUUUGGAAACCUAUCUCAAGCUUUUUGAAUAUGUGUUAAAAAUGACUGUGAUAGGACCCUUCAUUAAGAUUCCUGAGUAGAUUUAAGCUAAAUGGCCUAGGCUAGAUAGUAUUAUAGGGAUUUUAGUUAAAUCUUUGUCCCCCAGAACAGUUUUCCUCCGUGCUAAUACAAGAUAUAAUUUCUAUGCAGUAAAUUUCACGAGGUCUAUGCAUGGAGGGGGUUCGAAGUAUGCUUAAGUAACUGAUGCGAAUAAAACUUUGCCAUGCUACUCAAUCCAUCUACAAGUGCAACGUUUUUCUGCAAAUUAGUGGAUCAUUGCAGUUUAAAUAGGGUGGAAAGCACUACAAAGGUUUUUGGGGAUAGCUAUGCAAAAAAAUCUUCUAGGAGUUGGCUAAGGAAUCUCUCAGUGAAAUAAAUCUCCAUGGUUCUUUGAUGCUGAAUGCUCUAAGAAGGCUGGAGAAGGAUUGAAGUCAUGCACCUUUUUCCAUAGGAAGCAACAUGGCUAUAGUUUUGUUCAUUGUGCGGAAGCUAGCAUUUCCAUUGGAUGGAAGAAUGAUGUGAAACUACAUUCUUUGUAGCUAUAGCAUCUAUAUUCUGUAGAGGAAUUACUGUAAGAGCUCGUUACAUGGAGCCGGCAUUUGCCAAGGAUUUAGCGAUUUUUAUUCGUUUUUUUAAAGAUGCUGAUAAUCAAUAAACAGAUUUUUUUUUUUGGCAUUCUCUGGAAGCUUGGUAUUAUCUGUUUUGCUCAAUGGGACAUACUCCUUAGGAGCAAAACAUACACUAUAUGGAAUUUUUAAUGUGAGAUGGAAUGUAUUGCGCACAAAGUAAUUAUUUGAACGCCAUACUACCUGUUGACUCACAGUUUUUCCCUUGCAAAUGAAGUAUGUGAGAGAUCAUUUUCUUUAACCAUUGAAACUCAGAGAUCUUUUUCUUUGGUGGACUGCUAGUUGUUCUUACCACUGUUUGUAGAUCUUAUUGUUCCAGUAGUUUGAGGGUUGAAACAGUGAUGAUGAAGAAUUUUGCUCCAUUUCAGUGUACUUGGGAAAACUACUUGUGAAAUUUAUUGGAUUAUUAUUGCAUGGAAUAUUUCAAUGAGCUUUUCAUGGUAUUGAAACUCUCGAGCUCUUUUCUGUGCUUGUAACAUUAUUGCCGAUAGUUUAGCAAUUGUGUGCACAUAUUUUUAUUAAACAUGCUAAUAUGAGAUAUCUACUUAAUGUAUUUUUGGGAAGCAGACUCUCUGGUUUCUACACCUCAUAGAUAUCAAUGUGCUCUAAAUGGUAUUCUGUUAUAAGUAAUUCUUUCAUAAAGCUUUAUGAAUAUGUUGCAUUCUUAUCCUACAGGUUGUGUUCAGCAUUCGAUGAGAGAAGGAAGUGCCUAUCACAAAAUGAGUGGUGGCAGUGGUGGUCGAAAGCGUAGUUCUAAGUGGGAUUUGAAAGAAGAGUCUCGAGCUUCCUUCGAAAAUCACCACAAUAAUAAUUCUUGGUCGGGGAAAGCAGCAGGUACAACUUAUCAUGAGACUGAUGGCAGUAGUCGAAGUAGGUGGUCUACUGCCGAUGCUAGAAGAGGCUCACAUGGAGAUGAUAUGGUUGAUGAUGAAUAUGGCAGAUCCUCCAAAACAAUGGGGGCAUGGGAAAGAGAUGAAGGUUAUUUGUCGACUCGUCGCCACUCUCCUAAUAAAGAAUUGAAAAGACCAGGAAGAAGCAGAAGCCGUAGCAGGAGCCCAAUUCGACGAGAGUCAGGGACUUCUGACCGAGGUAGAAGCCGAUCAAGUCAAUCAUCUCAGAUAUGCAAGGAGUUUUCUACUGGAAAAUGCAGAAGAGGCAGUCACUGUCACUUUCUUCAUGAAUUUGGUGAGAGUUACGAAGAUAGCUAUGAUGGGCGGAGGAAAGCUCUACCUUCGAGAUAUUCUAAUGAUCCCGAGGAGUACCGUAGUGUUAGUAGUGGACAAAAUGCUGGCGGCUUGUGUAGUGAUUUUCUCAAGGGACACUGCAGAAAAGGAGCAUACUGCAGGUUUUCCCAUUCCGAUCCCUCUGCUAAAGGGCCCACUACCAAUGAGUUGAUUCGGGAGAGAGAUAACAUGGACAGAAGGACCCACCGUGUUGGUUCUCCUUUAGGUAGACAUGAUGAGCAGCAGAGUCGUGGUAGAGCAACGGAGACUCCUUGCAGAUACUUUGCUGCUGGUAAUUGUAGGAAAGGAAGAAAUUGCUGGUUCUCUCAUCAGGGUCAACAGGGUAUUUUGAGUCCCGAGAAUCGGAGACCGAGGACCGAGAAGCAGUUGAUGGAACCAAAUGUGGAAGAUAAACAGGAUAAAACGUGGGAUGGCCCGAAAUGGAACGACAUGGACAAUUAUUCAAAGUCAAGCAGGGAUGUGGAGAAACCAUGGAAUGGUGAAAAAUAUAGCAAUCCGGUUAAUCCUUCAGAUGCUGCAAAGCCUAGUGAUGCUGGAACAACAGUCAAACCGUGGUCUUUGGAUGAUACACGUGGUCGAAGUUUGGAUGGUCGAACUGCAAGAGAUCGUCACCAGCCACCAGCUAAUAUGGUCGAGAGUGGCAGAAAUGAAGUCCUCAUGGUGAAAGGGGAAAAUGCCAGUGACAAUCGUCACAUGCCUGACCAAAGUAUGAAUAAUGAUUGGGCAGGUGAUAUGGAGAUGUCUCCUGAAUGGAACUAUGGACCUUCUAACCAUAUAGAUAAAUUGCCACCACCGCCCAGCACAGAGGUCUCAGUGGCCAUCCAGCCAUUGAGACACGAUACGUCUUCCAUUCAGCAUAACUACUAUUCGAGAGAUACGAAUGGUGCACCUAGAGAAGUCAAUGGCCUUCAUACCAACAGUUCUGGAAACAUCUUGGGUGCACCGAGCUUAAACCCUAAUAAUGGUCCGAGUAUGAAUGCUUUACCGGCUCUUCAUCCAAGCAUGAACUCAGUCGAGCAAAGCCGAGUGGAGACCACGAUAAACCAUCUGAGCCCGAUGCUGAUGAAUAUAGGAGGACAAGGCAUCAACAACAUGCAAGCUAUGGGUGACCGAAGUGCUGAAGCUGUCAAUUCGAGCUUAAACCCUAAUGGUCCGAGUAUGAAUGCUUUGGCUCCUCUUCUUACAAGUGUCAACCCAGUUGAGCAAAGCCGAGUUGGGACCACACCAAUGAAUCCUCUGAGCCCAGCACUUUUGAAUAUUGGAGGACAAGGCAUCAACAACUUGCAAGCCAUGGGUGACAGAAGUGGGCUAGCUGUCAAUUCGAGCAUUCCCCCAACUCAGAACAUGGUCAGUGAUGGUCGGGUUGCUGAGCUCACCAACUCUAUUGCUAUGUUUCUUGCUCCGCAGCUUUUUGCUGCUCCUAGCUCUAAUCAAGUUAGUGAUAUGGCUCAGAUUGCAAAUACCGAGCUCUCUACUAAACUAGAUCAACCCGUUAUACCUCAGAAGCAAUAUGAUCCUUUAUGUGACAGCAUAGAACCUGAGAAUCAAGGUGUCGGCAGUAGUCCCUAUGAUAACAAAGAGAAGAGCACUGGAGAUAAAGAAGAAGCUCAAAUGGCUGCACCGAAUGUUAGUCAAGAAGAAGUGCCUAAUCUGAAACCUGGUGCAGAAUCUGAAGUUGUGAAGGAAAGUAGUGGCAAGAAGGCUGCAAAGGGUGCCAGCAAAGCUAAGGAAAGUAAACCAGAAGAAGAAGACAUUGAUGGAGAUGGUAAAGGUGACGAGGGGAAGAAAAACAAAGAACCCAAGGGGAUUCGAGCAUUCAAGUUUGCACUUGUGGAGUUUGUUAAGGAAGCUUUGAAACCCUCAUGGAAGGAAGGGCAAGUGACAAAAGAUUCCUACAAAAACAUAGUGAAGAAAGUGGUGGAGAAAGUGACUAGUACAAUGCAGGCUAGCAGCAUACCGCAGACACCAGAAAAGAUUGAUCUUUAUCUGUCAGCUUCAAAGCCAAAGUUGACCAAACUUGUACAGGCUUAUGUGGAAAAAUUCCAGAAGGGUAAAUGAAAAACCGGAACGAAUCCCUGGGAUGGUUGUUUCCAUCAAUCUUAGCUUGGCCAUUUGUGACAUAGCAGGAUGAUAUAAUCCAAUGAGGAUGUUUGUGAAUCUCUUGUCUUGAUCUUCUCGACUAAUUGAGGCUUUACCUUUAAAUGUAACUCUUUGUCGCCAUUUCUUGCUUCUCUUUUUUCCAUUUUCUCAACUUUAAGGAACGAUGGCAUGUAGAGUCAGUCCAGUAGUACAGGUUUUCAUGUUGCAAGCCUCUGCUCUGUUUCUUCAGUUUAGUUUAAGAUGGAAAAUCGACGAAUCUCUUAAUACCUUGGGCCGUAGCGAGGUUCUUUCCUUUUUCUUCUGGGUGUAUGUUUUUCUGCAGAUUGAAUGGAUUCCCUUUUUAAGAUUUUAGAUGGAAUGAGUGUACGGAGAGUGCUUCUUCAUGUAUACAAAGUUUGAUAAUUUGAAGACAUUUGUCCAUGGGGAUUGCUUCUUGAAAAUGCAGCAAGUCCCUGUUUCUUUUUUUAUACAGAAAAGUCACUUUGCUCCACCAAUUGUUCAAGGUCUAGUGCUGUCAGCCAACUCCAAAACGAGAUUUAAGAUUAGUAAUCUCAACGUGGCUCCGCCACUAGAACAGGAGAGGAGAAAGCAACCCACGUUGCAGGAUUCGUAGAGAUCUAAACGACUUCAACUAUUGUAGACAUAAUCGUAUAAUCGCCCUCAAUAUUCUUGGUGGAAAAGACCAUAGAGCUCCUCGAAUCUCUUUAGUCAUCCAACAACUUUCGGCUGUGGACUGAUGAGUCUUUUUUUACCGAGUUUAGGUCGUUGAAAAACUAAAGGAACAUAACCAUUCUAGGAAAUGCAUUUGAUGGUACCAUCUUUCUCAAUGCAUUUCCUUUUUUCUUUUUUCCUCUUCCUCGAAGGAAAAUGGAGAAGAACAUAAAAAGGGUAACGAGGGGGAAGGAAUGAUUACCUGUUGUGCAUGCGCAAGCCAUAAAUGAUAGAAUUUGCA